GGCGCGGCCCCGGGGCGGGGGGCGGGUCCGGCCGGGAGGCACCUGGGCAGGUUCGGGCCGCGGAAGAGGAGCCGGAGGGCCGCAGGGGCCGCGCCGAACGGCCCGCCACGGACGGACGCCCGACAUGAUGCGCUUCAUGCUCCUCUUCAGCCGCCAAGGCAAGCUGCGCCUCCAGAAGUGGUACUUGGCCACGUCCGACAAGGACAAGAAGAAGAUGGUCAGGGAGCUCAUGCAGGUGGUCCUGGCGAGGAAGCCCAAGAUGUGCAGCUUCCUGGAGUGGAGGGACCUCAAGGUGGUCUACAAAAGGUACGCCAGCUUGUACUUCUGCUGCGCCAUCGAGGGCCAAGACAACGAACUCAUCACUUUGGAGCUCAUCCACCGAUACGUGGAGCUGCUGGACAAAUACUUUGGCAGCGUGUGUGAACUGGACAUCAUCUUCAACUUUGAAAAGGCUUACUUCAUCCUGGACGAGUUCCUGAUGGGGGGAGAAGUUCAGGACACCUCCAAGAAAAGCGUCCUCAAAGCCAUUGAGCAGGCGGACCUCUUGCAGGAGGUAGAGGAAGACGAGUCUCCCCGGAGCGUUUUGGAGGAGAUGGGCUUGGCGUAGACUUGGGAUCGUGAGCCGGCUCCCCCCCCUGCCCC